CACCUACCCCUCUCCCGGCUGGGUUGAAGCCCUGCGUGGCGGGGGAGCGCGGUCCCCGGAUGGAUGGGGGGAGUGGAGAUGGGGAAGCCUCUCAAAGUCGUGACUCUGCAGAAUAGUUUCUGACGCUGCCCUGGUGUGCGGUGAAAGUGAGGAGACAGGCUGGUCUCGAACUCCUGACCUUGUGAUCUGCCCGCCUCAGCCUCCCAAAGUACUGGGAUUACAGGCGUGAGCCACCACUCCCAGCCCACUGAAGUCUCAGUUUCUUUAACUAUGAAAUGAGAAGUUAGGUUUGAUCCAGUGAAAGUUUAUUCAGCACCUACUGCAUGCAUGCUGCUCUUGAUUAGUUACUGUAAAAUGGGGAAAGGAGAAAUUUGAAGGUGUAGAAUUGAAUACUGAUGAACCUCCAAUGGUGUUCAAGGCUCAGCUGUUUGCGUUGACUGGAGUCCAGCCUGCCAGACAGAAAGUUAUGGUGAAAGGAGGAACUCUAAAGGAUGAUGAUUGGGGAAACAUCAAAAUAAAAAAUGGAAUGACUCUACUAAUGAUGGGGUCAGCAGAUGCUCUUCCAGAAGAACCCUCAGCCAAAACUGUCUUCGUAGAAGACAUGACGGAAGAACAGUUAGCAUCUGCUAUGGAGUUACCAUGUGGAUUGACAAACCUUGGUAACACUUGUUACAUGAAUGCCACAGUUCAGUGUAUUCGUUCUGUGCCUGAACUCAAAGAUGCCCUUAAAAGGUAUGCAGGUGCCUUAAGAGCUUCAGGGGAAAUGGCUUCAGCGCAGUAUAUUACUGCAGCCCUUAGAGAUUUGUUUGAUUCCAUGGAUAAAACUUCUUCCAGUAUUCCACCUAUUAUUCUACUGCAGUUUUUGCACAUGGCUUUCCCACAGUUUGCCGAGAAGGGUGAACAAGGACAGUAUCUUCAACAGGAUGCUAAUGAAUGUUGGAUACAAAUGAUGCGAGUAUUGCAACAGAAAUUGGAAGCCAUAGAGGAUGAUUCUGUUAAAGAGACAGACUCUUCAUCUGCAUCGGCAGCGACACCUUCUAAAAAGAAAAGUUUAAUUGAUCAGUUCUUCGGUGUUGAGUUUGAAACUACCAUGAAAUGUACAGAAUCUGAAGAAGAAGAAGUCACUAAAGGAAAGGAAAAUCAACUUCAGCUUAGCUGUUUUAUCAAUCAGGAAGUCAAGUAUCUUUUUACAGGACUUAAAUUGCGACUUCAGGAAGAAAUCACCAAACAGUCUCCAACAUUGCAAAGAAAUGCCUUGUAUAUCAAAUCUUCCAAGAUCAGCCGGCUACCUGCUUACUUGACCAUUCAGAUGGUUCGAUUUUUUUAUAAAGAGAAGGAAUCUGUGAAUGCCAAAGUUCUUAAGGAUGUUAAAUUUCCUCUUAUGUUGGAUAUGUAUGAACUGUGUACACCAGAACUUCAGGAGAAAAUGGUGUCUUUUCGAUCCAAAUUCAAGGAUCUAGAAGAUAAAAAAGUGAAUCAGCAGCCAAAUACAAGUGACAAAAAGAGUAGUCCCCAGAAAGAAGUUAAGUAUGAACCCUUUUCUUUUGCUGAUGAUAUUGGCUCCAAUAAUUGUGGAUACUAUGACUUACAAGCAGUACUAACACACCAGGGAAGGUCUAGUUCUUCAGGUCAUUAUGUAUCAUGGGUGAAAAGGAAACAAGAUGAAUGGAUUAAGUUUGAUGAUGACAAAGUCAGCAUCGUAACACCAGAAGAUAUCUUACGGCUUUCUGGUGGUGGAGACUGGCAUAUUGCUUACGUUCUACUCUAUGGGCCUCGCAGAGUUGAAAUAAUGGAAGAGGAAAGUGAAUAGUAGUCUUCAUUUUAGCUAUUUAUGCUUAGGUGUGAAAAUAAAUGUUAUUUGUUGAUCAUUUCUAUAAUCCAGAGCUUUAGAGGAAGACACAUAGGUGGUUUUAUCUGUUUCCCCUCGUUUGAAACAAAAGAGGACAGAAGCAGACCACUCUGUGCAUCAACCUAAAAAAUUACAGAAAAGAGAAAAUUAUCUUUGGAUUGUGCUGCCCUAUAUAAGGGUGGCAGAAAGACAUUUUUUAAAAGCUUAUUAUUUCUUGCAUUAUUUUUAAAAAUUCUGAGUUGAAAUGCCUUUCAACCAUUUCUUUCUGUGGUCAUUUUUCUUGCUGCCUUUUUCACCCAAGAUUCAGCAAUCAGAUGUUUAUUGCACACCUAUUACCUAUUAUUUGUUGUUCUUGCAUGGUUCGAACCACCAUUCUAUAGCCACCCAUCCUUUGCCUUAUCUAACAAACAUUUUUCCAGGAAGGUGGAAAAGGAAGUUUUGCUCUCAUUGUGUAACUCAGUGCUGCUGUCCAUCCCAUGGAAACAUGGGCACAAUCAAGUAUUUGUCCAGCCUGUUGCAGGCUUUUCAUGACUUUAAAAUAAAUUGUGAUCAGUAAUAGUACAUUUGGUUAUACAUUUAUUAUUGUGUCUCUCUCUGAUGUACUGUGGAUUGUACAUUUAACUUUGGAAUGGCUUUGUAAUAAUCCAUCUUAAGAAAAUGUUGACAAGCUCUGGUUGCUUACUUUUAGAAAAUGAGGACAUUUAAUAAUAAUAAAUAAAAAAGGGGGGAUUAAUAGCUUUUGACCUCAAGUCUUUUGUCUUCUGAGUGUUGGAGCUUGGCUGAAGAUUCAGAUAUGUUUAAUGCUGUACAGUUUCUGAAGAUGGUUAUUAACACUGUGCUGUCAAGCAUCCAUUUGAAAAUAUUUGUUAUCUUCUUUGCCUGCCUGUAUUUUACAAAGAAAUAAUACAAAGUUGUAAAAGUAAUGGAUUUCUUUGGAUGCCAAAUGCAGUGAUGUUAUCAGUCAGAUUUGUUCCUUGGCUCAGUUGGUGUUUGUAUUUCCUAAUUCCCCAAACUUUGGCUGGGCGUGGUGGCUCACGCCUCUAAUCCCAGCACUUUGGGAGGCCAAGGCAGGUGGAUCACUCGAGGCUGAGAUUGAGACCAGCCUGGCCACAUGGUGAAACCCUGUCUCUACUAAUAAUACAAAAAUUAGCCGGGCGUGGUGGUGCACACCUGUAAUCCCAGCUACUUGGGAGGCUGAGGUCGGAGAAUUGCUUGAACCCGGAAGGCAGAAGUUGCAGUGAGCUGAGAUCACACCACUGCACUGUAGCCUGGGUGACAGAGAGACUCUCUCAAAAAAAAAAAAAAAAAAAAAAUCCCCAAAUCUUAAUGUCUAUUUCAGAAUUUUAGUGAUUUUAAGGUGAUAGUAGAAAAUACCAAGCAUAUGAGGUAUUUCAAUAUGAUAGGCUUCUUACAUUUUAAUACAUUAGUUACUCAUCUUUGUUCCAGGACCCUUGGCUGAUUGCUAGGGAAAGGAUAAAGCAUAGAAUACCAGCCAGUUUGGCUCUAAUUUUGAGUUAUUUGUAAUAAAGUUUGGGGAUUAUCAUAA